AUGCUUGAAAAUGUUUUUGCUUCGGGCAUAUCGCCUCUCUUUGGGCUCAUUAUGCAGGAGUUCCACUGCACAGAGAAUGAGGCAUCGCAGCUCGGCACGUACGUAUUACUUACCUUGGGCCUCUCGAGUGGUGAGGCGCAGUCCUACCAAUCGCUUCGAAGCGCCCGUAUCCUAGGCGGAUUUGCCGGCGGCCUGAUCGAAGCUCUCACUCCGACCAUACUCGCCGAGACGUUCCCAGGACACCAUCUCGCCAAGGCCAUGGUGGUAUAUGUUGGGUUCCUCGCCGUUGGCGCAGCACUUGGUCCUAUAAUUUCCGGUGCUAUAGCCAAAUGUUUGGGAGAGUGGAGAUGGCUCAACAGGGUAAUGUCCAUUGCCGUGACUGUGAAUCUCGUCUUCAACAUCCUCAUGCUCCCGGAGACGACGCGCGACGUCAUAAGCCUUAAUGAAGGGGCGGUCUUAGGGGGGCAGAAUGAAGACAAAUUGCCGAGCAAAACCGAGUGCAAAGCCGAGGAGAACAAGAUCGAGAACGUCAUGAGCACCGCGAAAACCAUAUCGUCGGCUGAACAAGUGACGCUCAAGAGGGAAUACGUGCGGCGAUCGUUCUCACUGCAUUUCGUUGAGCUGAACUGGAAAGCCUUCCUCAUAUCCUUCUUCCAACCCCUUAAACUCAUCGUCCUGCCUCAAGUCCUUGUUACUGUCAUUGUAUUCGGCCUGACCAUCGGCUGGACUGUCAUCGCUUCUAUCCUCAUCUCCCUCAUCUACACUCAGCCACCCUUAAUCUGGAAUCCGUUGUCUAUUGGCCUACUCAACACUGGUUCGCUGGUUGGUAUUAUCAUUGGCCUCCCCAUUGGCGGUGCCCUCGCCGACAUGCUCUUCAACCGUGCAACCCGACGAUCCAACGGCGUGACAAGCCCAGUGACCCGUCUCCCCGCCCUCUUGCCUGGUGCCUUGCUCAGUCCUGCUGGCUGCAUAGUCAUGGGCUUUGCGCUACGAGACCCGGAUAAUUAUAUCGUGGUGUCCAACGUGCUGCUCACGUAUGCUAUCGACUGUCUUCCGACACGAGCCGCACAUAUCGGCGCCCUGGCUAAUGUGACUAAGAACAGCAUCGGGUUUGCUGUGUCGUAUGGUACUGUGGACUGGUUCCGGAAGAUGGGCCCGGUGGGCCAGUUCUCCACCAUGGCGGGCAUACUAUGGGGGUCAUAUCUCCUCGUGAUUCCCCUACGGGUGCUUAGAUGGAUGUUGGAGAGAUUCGGAGCAAGGUUUGAGUGA